AUGAAGCAUAAGGAGAAACUCAAUUGUACCGCAGCGACUGAAGUUACUGAAUUUAUUAUCUUGGGGAUCACUGAAAACCCUCAUCUCCAGCGGCCACUGUUUGGAAUUUUUCUCAUCAUAUACUCAGUCACAGUGGCGGGCAAUCUGGGCAUGGUCAUCUUGACCCAUUUGGACUCUAAAUUAUGCAACCCCAUGUAUUUUUUCCUUAGACACCUGUCAAUAACUGAUCUUGGUUACUCCACUGUCAUUGGCCCAAAGAUGAUGGUAAAUUUUGUAGUACUCAAAAAUACCAUUUCCUAUAGUGGUUGUGCCGCCCAGCUGGCAUUCUUUGAGAUUUUCAUCAUUACUGAACUGUUCAUCCUCUCAGCCAUGGCCUACGAUCGCUACGUAGCCAUCUGCAAGCCUCUUAUGUACAUGGUCAUCAUGGCAGACAAAGUGUGUUGGGGUCUGGUUAUUGUGCCCUACCUCUACAGCACCUUCGUGUCACUAUUGCUCACAGUGAAGCUGUUCACGUUGUCCUUCUGUGGCUCCAACAUCAUCAGGUAUUUUUACUGCGACUGUGUCCCUCUGAUAGCCAUGCUCUGCUCUGACACACGUGAGCUGGAACUGAUCAUCUUGAUCUUCUCGGGCUGUAACUUGCUGUCCUCAUUCCUGAUUGUCCUCAUAUCUUACACGUUUAUUCUUGUGGCCAUUGUCAGAAUGAACUCAACCGAAGGGAGGUACAAAGCCUUCUCCACAUGCAGCUCCCAUCUGACAGUGGUGGUGGUGUUCUAUGGAACACUGUUGUUUAUAUACCUGCAGCCCAAAUCCAGCCACACUUUUGAUGUUGAUAAAUUGGCCUCUGUGUUUUAUACCUUGGUGAUCCCAAUGCUGAAUCCAAUCAUCUACAGCCUGCGCAACAAGGAAGUAAAAGAUGCCCUAAAGAGAACCUUAAUUCAUUGA